AUGGACGGCAGGCAGCAGGAGUCACGGGCACAAGCGAUCCGACAUCACCACCACCACCACCACAGCACCACAUCAUUAUAUGCUCUAAGACUGUGUUUAUCAUUCUUCAUCACAAUUCAAGACUUGCGCUUAAUCUCUUCCUUCUCAGAGGCCGCGGACAUUGUAUUCCCCGGCCAGCUGGACCACACCGAGGGUGACACUUGCCGCACAAACACGGGCGGCUCAGGCACGUGUUCCCAGGCCUGCCAACACUCGCCUGGCCUCGGUGACCCACUCAAGUGCGGCAUAAAGGACUCCAAGUUUCUCGUCUGCUGUGAACCAAACAUGCGUGGUGGGCCGCAGCCUUCCACAGACAUCGCCCCGCCCAGCGUCCCAUUCGUAUGUGGAAAAAACGCUUUAGAGAAUGCAACUGUCAUGGAUUUGCUAGGAACAAGGGAUGUGCUCAUACUGCGCCCAGAAUCAGUUCCCGAUCCCACUUUACCCAAGGUUGAAGAAACUACAAUCCGGGUUGAGCCACCAACACCACAGACAGUGAUACCAAUUGUAGUCGGCGGUAUAGUGGUUUUCCGUCAUGCCUGGCCCUGGAUGGCCUUGAUUGGGCAGAGGGACGCCCACGGAAUCAGGUGGUUCUGCGGCGGGGUGUUGAUAAACGACCGAUGGGUCCUCACAGCUCUUCACUGCUUCUUUAACAACAAUGCUGAUGUGGUGCGUCUUGGUGAGCAUGACUACAACGAUGAUUUGGACGAUGCGAAUCACAAAGACUUUUCUGUGGCCGAAACGGUGCUCUACCCAGACCACAACCGCCCCGAGGCCUACCAUGACCUUGCACUCCUCAGACUAGCAUCCAGGGUCGCCCUGAAGGAUCACAUCAGUCCUGUCUGCCUGCCCUGGGGGAAGGAGAGCGACAAAGAUCUCCUGAACCACCGGGCGACGCUGACAGGCUGGGGCGACACACAGUUUGGUGGGAGGCCUAGCUCUGUCCUCCAGGAGGUGGAGGUGACGGUGUUCUCGCCGGGGCAGUGUGACCGAAGCUACUCCAACCUGCCACACUACCCAUCCACCUGGCCUCGAGGCAUCGGGCAAGAGACCCUGUGUGCCGGAGAUCUCGCUGGAGGCCGGGACGCUUGCCAGGGUGACUCCGGCGGGCCUCUGGUGACGGAGGAUGCUCGUGGACACUUUUUGUUGGCGGGCAUUAUAUCACGGGGCUACGGCUGUGGCCACAAAGACUACCCUGGCCUGUACGCCAACCUGCGGCACCCGCCCUACCUCGCCUGGAUCAAGAAGGUCGCGUUUGCCACGCCAUGAGCCUUAGAUGUUUCGUGGGUGUUUGUUACUGCCUCGUGUACACUAAAACAGCAAUCACUAUAAAUAAAUAGAUAAAAUGAAGAACAUUAACUCAUCCUCACUUCCUACGCAAAUAAGACAUAUCGUCACCAGGAUGGCAGCUCACCAGAUGUCAUAUCUAUCUUGGUUACCUGACCUUUCAAAACUAUUUAUAAACGCAGUGGUGUAGUGAUUAGCACGCCAGCUACGAAUACACGGGCUUUGGCUGAGUCUCGGUCCGGACAGACAGUGCGCAGUUCAUGCAGCUGUCCAUCUUCCGUUCAGGGCAGGUCAAGAAAUGGGCAUCAAGGGAAACCUGCGGAAGGCAACUGAGAUAACCCGGAUGUCACACGAGCCCUGUGUCCCGGGGUAUUGGGUUACUUCCCGCGACGGGCUCAA